CCGUUAUAAUUUCUUUUGUGUAGGGUGGUUUGUUUCAUGUUUGGUAGCCGCAGGCUGGCACAACAAGAUGAUGAAUAAUUGGUAAAGUGAACAAUAUUUAACUAAUAAUCAGAGGAGAUAGGGCUGGAUGUAAUUUUCCCUAUCGUACCCUUCAGACUGUUACCAUCUUUUCUGGAUUUAUAAUUUUACACGGAUGAUUCUGUGGCUAGGCCUUCUGCAUGGUGUGGCCUACUUCAAACGCUACGUAAUAACAGACGCAGCGCAACAUCCUGUCAAGUUUUAGCACACACUUGUCUGUCAACGUGUUUUUGCCACUUCAAUUGGUUAAACAGCUGAGGAAGAAUUGCUUAUUUUCACUGUACACGUACCUUAACAGUAUUUGGUUAAUUUUGAGCGAUCAAAAUGGCGAGUAGAUUAAUGGACAGUCUUUUUGGCCUGAAAAUUGGAUCAAGAAAAGUUUUGUAUAUUAUAGGUUUGACUUCGGUAUUUUGGUUCUCACUGAAUGUUUUGCUUUUAAUUGCCAACAACCAGGCUGCUUUAGAAUCGUUAGAUUCUCUGUCGUUGGGACUAGGGAAUUCUAGGGUGAGAAGAGACUCUAAUUUUAUGGCAGAUCUUGGAAUAAAACCACUCGCACCAGCCAACAAGAAGCAUUAUCCAUGGCAGGAUGGGUUCUCGGAUUCUAACAAAGGGAAGUCAGGAUUCUUAAGUAAUUAUUUUGGUGGUGGAGGAAAAUUAAAACAAAUAUAUGAUGUUAGCAAGCAAAGAAACAAAAAGCCAGGACUUGGUGAAAAUGGUGAAGCAGCUUAUCUCACCACGGAUGCUGAUAAAAAACUAGCCGAAAAGCUUUUUGCCAAUCAUUCAUUUAAUUCAAUUCUAAGCGACAAGAUAUCACUUGACAGAACCCUUCUAGAUGUCAGAGGAGAAAAGUGCAGACAAAGACAUUAUACUUAUGAUGAGAAAUUGCCCACUGCAAGUGUUGUGAUUUGCUUUCACAAUGAAGCACUUUCUGUGUUAUUGCGGACAAUCCAUAGUGUGCUGAACAGAACACCACCUCAACUUUUAAAAGACAUCAUUGUUGUUGAUGAUGCUAGCUUGUAUGGUUUCCUGAAAAAGCCGGUUGACGACCAUGUUGCAGGGUUAUCAACAAAAGUCAAGGUUCUAAGAAAUAAAAACAGGCAGGGUCUGAUACGGUCCCGACUAAAUGGAGCUGCUGCGGCACGCGGAGACGUUAUAAUAUUCUUGGAUUCACAUUGUGAGACAACCCCUGGCUGGAUUGAGCCAAUGUUGGCAAGAAUUAAAGAAGACAGAUCGAAUGUUGUUGUCCCAACAAUUGAGGUCAUCAAUGCAGACACACUACAGUACCAGGCUGCUGCUAACCCAGAUCAAAGGGGAGGCUUUGGCUGGGACCUGUUUUACAAGUGGAAACCGAUCCCACCCGAGGAACAGCAGCUUAGAAAAGACGAGUCAGAUUUCAUCAGAACUCCGGCAAUGGCAGGUGGGUUAUUCGCUAUCCAUAGAAAGUACUUCUACGAUAUUGGAUCAUACGACAUGGAAAUGGACAUCUGGGGAGGAGAGAACUUAGAAUUAUCUUUUAGGGUUUGGAUGUGUGGAGGGCGUCUAGAAAUUGUACCGUGUUCCAGAGUAGGCCACAUUUUUCGAAAAUACACAAGCCCGUACAAAUUUCCUGAUGGUGUCGAGAAGACUUUAGCAAAAAAUCUUAAUCGUUUAGCAGAAGUUUGGAUGGACGAGUUUAAAGAGCUGUACUACCAAAAACGACCUCAUGCCAGGAAUAUGUUUUUUGGAGACAUUUCAGAGCGUGUUGCACUGCGCAAAAGGCUGAAAUGCAAAAGCUUUAAAUGGUAUCUUGACAAUAUCUACCCAGAUUCACAAAUGCCAGAUUUGUAUCCACCGGCAAAGGGAGAGAUAAGGAAUCCUGCGAGUGGAUAUUGUUUAGAUUCUAUGGGUGCCAAAGAUGGAAAUGGAAAACUUGGAAUUUUCCCGUGUCAUGGUCAAGGAGGCAACCAGUUUUUUAUAUUUUCAAAAAAUGGUGAGAUUAUAUUCGAAGAAGAAAACUGUUUGGAUGUGUCGAAUUCAAAUCCCGGCGCAACAAUAGAAAUACUUAAAUGUCAUGGAUUUAAAGGCAAUCAGGAAUGGAAGCAUAACAGGAUCGAUGGGACCCUUAUUCACUUGCCAACUGGGAAUUGCAUUGACAGGGGUAGCCAAAGCAAUGGUGAUAAGCCGAUUAUGACGGUUUGUGAUGGUCGGGAGACCCAGGUUUGGACUUUCGGAUUUUAUAACAGCACCGUAUUUCCAGCUAAAUAACAUUGGCAAUGCAAUGUUAUUAGAUUUUUAGAUCAGAUUAAUUAUCCGUGCAAGCGCUUUUUUUAUUGAUGUCGUGCUAAUUUAAUAGCGGGGUUCCUAUUGCUAAAAAUUUAAAAAGUACAGGUGAUUCAAUCAGCUGUUAUUAUUUUAGUAGGCUAAGAAAUAAAUUGCUGCAAUCCGUUACCAUGUAUGGGAACCUUCAAAGCAUAAGACUACCACUCAUUACCUAUUAUUUAGAACUCACUUCGUUCAGAAAAACUACUCUACCCUGAAGAAGGACGAUUACACAUAGGGGCUCAAUAACCCUUUUGGGGACCCAAUAGGAAUUUGGCAUUUGACAAAAUCAUUGAGGCACUAACCUUCACAACCUCCCUACCUACCACCCUACCUAGCCCUCCUCCCCCCCUACCUCCUUUCGACGCUACUGGACUACUCUAAAGAAAGGCAGACUGCACAAUACCUUGACAAAGAAGCUUGGGUUAUGACGUAAUUGAUUACCAACAUAGCGUAUAAACGCAAUAAAUGAAGUUAUCUCUGGCAAAAUAUUUUAACCAUAUUAAGUAUAGUAUAGCUGAUUAAAGAUUUUAAGAAUUGAAAAUGUAAUUUCUAUGUUUCCUUUCAUAUAUAAACACCCGAUUGUACUUACUUUGUUAGCGCAUUCUUCUUUGAGUUGUUAUAUAGUUGCUCCUAUGCAGGCCCAUCGAGAGGGGGCAGGGGAGCAUAUUACCCCAGGCCCCGAGCUGAGAGGGGUCCCGAAUUGUUAUAAAAAGUUCCUAACGAUCAUAACAACAGUUAUAAUCAAAGUUUCAAUGACGUCAUCGCCAUCUUUCCUUUUGCCCCAUGCCCCAAAAAAUCUCGCGGCGAGUCUAUUCUAGUAGAUAUUAUUCGUAGCAUCAAGAGCAGCGUUUUUGCAACGUUGCUUUAUUUUGCAUAAUCUUUGUUUUGUAUUAAAAAGUAUCUAUUUUGAUAAGUCAAGUGAUAAUGAUUUAAUAAAACCUCGUCAUAUGGUAAUUAAUCUGUACUUUUUGAAUCCUUGUAAACAUUUUCAAAGAAAUUUAGAAUUAUAUAUAUUUGUAAUUGACCACAAUAUACAGAUUAUUCACAAAGUUGUUGUCGUAGCUAGAUUUUAUUAAUCAAACUUCUUGCUGAAGAUUUAA